GUGACGUAGACUGUGACGACACGGAAGCCACUCACGGAAGUCGGUGAAGUUCGAGGAAGCUAAGCAGUUGCCUGGCACCGUAAAACACAGAUAUUCAUACAUUAUUUCACAGUCCGUUUAAUAUGGCUACUGGUUUCAGAAAAACAAGUGCCACCACAAACCAACGAAAGAGAGGAGGUUCUAAGCCGGAUAUUACUGAGGAACAGAAACAGGAGAUCCGAGAGGCUUUUGAUCUGUUUGACACAGAUGGCUCUGGGACUAUUGAUGUGAAGGAACUUAAGGUUGCAAUGCGUGCCUUAGGGUUUGAACCAAAGAAAGAAGAGAUUAAGAAGAUGAUUGCAGACAUUGACAAAGAGGGCUCUGGGACCAUUGAUUUCAAUGAUUUUCUCUGCAUGAUGACCAAAAAAAUGAGUGAAAAAGACUCCAAGGAGGAAAUUCUGAAAGCUUUUAGACUUUUUGAUGAUGAUGGCACUGGAAAAAUCUCUUUUAAAAACCUCAAAAGAGUUGCUAAGGAACUUGGAGAGAAUUUAACCGACGAGGAAUUACAGGAAAUGAUUGAUGAGGCUGACCGAGAUGGAGAUGGAGAGAUCAAUGAGCAGGAAUUCCUCCGGAUAAUGAAGAAAACAAGUCUGUAUUAAACUUGAAUUGUAUGUUUUAUUUUUCUCCACUAGAGACCUUUGACUGUUAUUUAUUUUUGUAAUAACGAAUACAAAUUUAUGAGCCUGGGUUUUCUGCCUGAGGUGUAUUAACACUUUUGUAUGAUAUAUUAAAAAUAAAAAAAUGAAGAUUAAUCUAAA